GGGAAGAGGAAUGAAAAGUUUUCAAAUCUCCCUCCAUUAGAUCCGGUACUUCCGGGGAAACACAGGCGAAGAAUACCACAAGAUCGAGAAAGGGAAGGCAAAAGCCGGCGACGCGAUCGAGAAUGCAGCGAUCCGGUCAGACUUCUCUUCUGUUGUCCUUCUCCUCCAAAUCCAGGGUUUCGGAUGAGGAUCGCGCUACAGUAUCUUCCAACAAGCCUUCAGUGUCGUUCUCCGAGUACUUGAAUCGAAAGGUCACCAAGACUAGCAGCAGAUCAGUUAAGGAGAAGAAAACUUGCUUCGCGACAAUUGUGCCUGCCAACGAUGAUUUGACAAGUAAACGAGUUGGGGAUUGUGAAAGCUUUGUUCUUCACGACCAAAUUUUCCAUCAGUUUAAGGUCUCAGAGAAAAAGGAAGAACCAGGGGAAAUUGCUGAACUAGGUGAAACGAUGGAUUAUCAACCAGAACCAGCUUUUGGAGGCGGUGAAGUUUCUAGAAAAAGAAAGAACACAUUAGAUGAUCCUUCAGGUUCCAGUAUGAAGAAAACAGCUCGAAAAUCUUUGGUUGUCAUCGGCGACGAUUCAAAGUCCUGGUUAUAUGGAAGAGAAAAGAAAAUAAUGGGCAAGAGUACCAAACACUUAUAUGAUCACUAUGCAAAUGGAAGUGGAUGGUGGGAUUGCAACCGGGAAGGUAUUGAUAGCGAAGAAGUUGGCUGCAAUGAAACAUGGGAAGGAAUCGGAUCGACCACUUUGGGAGGUCUGGAAUGGCAUUAAUCAAACUCUCAAGUCCAUAUUGAAAUAGAUGAGGUCUGCUAUUUCAUUGUUUCAUGGAUGACAGUCUAAUUGAGUAGUAGAUGUUCCUAAUCUUCUUGAAUCAAUUGGUGCUCUGUUUUGAACUCUUGUGCUGUCCUUGUAAAUUAUCAAUGAUAUUAUGUUUUGUGUUGAACAUGUAUAUUUAGAUGUUAUGUGACAAUUUUAGAAGGUAGUUAAGUUGAUUGGUUCAUUAA